CAGCACAACACUUUUUACGUGGUAUCCGAUAUUGGGAGAAGAAGGAUCCUAAUAUCGACUAAUCCACGGUAGGAAUCUCUCCUCUUGAGGAUUCCUACGAAUCUACUAGAUCGUUUCCUUGAUCGUGAUUACAAUUGCACAGUUUAGGAUGAUCAGCACCCUGCCAAUCAGCCUAACACCAAUACUGAGUUCUAAUCUCCCUGAUUAUUCACUCAGAUUCACAAGCUAUUCUCUCCGAUUAGCUGACCGAGUUUUCUUAUCAAAAGUUCACCACUGUUCACUCAACACUCUGUUCUUUUGAGUUGCCGAAAAACUCUGCUUUCUCCAUUGCUCAAUCUCGUGGUUAUAUAGUCUACUUUCUUCAAAGUAGUCGUUGUCUGAUUGAGGUUUGAAUUGCUGUGAUUUGGCUCCAUGUUUCCUUCUUUGAGAAUUUCCAUCUUUGUCUUGAUUUGAUUUGUUGAUUCUUUCCCUAUUGACGAGCUUCCCUUAACAUGGCGGUUCCUGGCGAAUAUACUCACACUUCGGGGACUCCUGUCUUAUCGUCCGAUACUAAACAUCUGGCGGCUGCAGGCUGCCAAGGAGGCCGAUAUGCUGCAGGCUGCCAAGGAGGCGAGGAAGACAUUCUGGACUUCCGAAGAGUACCAGGUCGCUGACAAUAAGAAGUACAAAAAGCUGCUUUGCGACACCAUGGCCGCCAUCAGUCAUUGGUUCCUCCGUGAAUAUCCCGAGGUAGUAUGGGAUACUAACUCGAUCUGGGAUGCGGUCGAGUUCUGGAGCGAUGAUGACAUCAACUCUGAAUAUGUGCCGUCUCCCGAAGCGCCUACCGUUCCCUCGACAAGCAUCGCGGCCGGAACCGCUGAAGACGAGGAGGGCGGGCAAGAUGGAGAGCAGCAGGAUGGUGAGGAGCAGCCGGAUGGAGAGGACGGUCAGCGUGAUGACGGUGGGGAGCAGCAGGAUUAGAUUUAAGUUGCACUUGUUUCCCUUUCAUUUUGUUGUGUAAACUUAAUCUGCCUCGGCAGUAGAUAUUUUGGUGUGCCCCUUGUGGGUGCUCCUGUGGAAUGUUUUAAUUUUUUCUUCGUAUUAUCUUGUGAUCUAUCUUGCGCAGGCGGUCAUAACUUUAGGGCGGCUCAUGGAUUCUGCCCCUUAGAAGUGGUGUUCGGAGCGGUUUUGUAUCACAGC